AUGGAGCAAGCAACAACUGUGCGUAAUACGAGGGUCAGGCCCACAAGUAAGAUACUCCCGGACUUCGUGCCUGAGGAUGAUCCGGAGGAGAUUGAGUGGAUGAAGGCCGACUUGAUUGAGGUCUGGGAGCAAGGUGUCAUGCUUCCAGGUGCGCCUCAGCUGUUUGUCACAGUGGGACAUACAUACUCCCAGCUGUUUGUUGAGGAAAAGAUCAAGAAGAAGGUUGUUCAAACUGCUGAGGUGUCAGUGCCAAAACAGUACCAUGAGUUUUUGAAAGUCUUCUCCAAGGAAGCAUCAGAAUAG